AUAGAUAACGACACGGUGCGUUUUGGUGUCGACUCUAUUAUUCUGGCUACUGCUGGAGCCACACCUCACUCUCCUCAAAACCCCCGAUCAAAACCCUAACGGCCACCGGAGCUCCGAAAUGCCGGGUAUGAAUUCCGAUUCCGGCAACGGUGGAGAACUAGUUCCGUUUUCGACUAAGGAGAAAUCACCGGCGGUGUAUCCUCUUCGCUACGGCCUCAAGUCUCGGGUUCACAGGCUCUCCAUCUCCUGGGGGUGCGGGAACAACCUACGCGUCACGGUUCUACGUAACCCGGAGUCACUCGACGACGAAGAAGCUGGCGGUGAGGUGGUUAACGUGAGGCUCAGCGGCGGCGAGGACGGCGAGAUCGGCGACGCGCAGUGGCGGAGGAUCGCUUACGGAUCCGUCUCUCCGUUUGCGCUUUUGCAGAGCAGGAGGAACUCGAUUUCGAGCUUGUUUAAGAUGGAUACGAGUCCUUCGCUGUACCAGACUUCGUGGUGGGAGUACGUAAUGGAGUACAGCAGGGAGAUUAAAUCUCUCCUUAGUGAUUCAGUGUCUUCCCCUGCUCCUUUGAUUGAAGACCCUAAAUCAGUUAUACAGAGUGCUGAGGAACCGACUUCUUUAAAGGCUGCGUGGGAGUUGAUGGAAAUGUUUUAUGCUGACAAGACGUGUCUGUCUUGGUUGCCAGAACGGCUUGUUGAUUGGCUAUCUGAUUAUGAUGUACUCCUUUCAAGCUCACAUCCAACUAUCUACUCAAAACUCGAGGAUUUCCAAAUGGAACUUGUUGGCCUACAGGCUAUCGAGGAUGAUCCAAGAUACUGGGAAGUGAUGUCAUCUGCUUUAUCAGUUGGUUGGCUAGAAAUAGUGGUGAAGUUGUUAUACUUACAUGGUUCUUAUCAACUAGACCAGCUAGGAAAUCGUGAGACAGAAAAUGGACUUGUAGAAGCUGUCGCUGUUCUCAUUUCAAAAAUGCCACGGAUGCGUCCAAAACUAGAAGCUGGGAUAUUUGGUGAAUGCUUUGCAGCGAAGCCUGAUUUUAUGAAGACACGAGAGAGAUGGCAGUCUCAGAUAACUAAACUAGAGUGCAGUGCCUUCUGGGUUCAAUGUGCUCACCAUCAGACCCGCGAGGGCUUGAGAAAUAUGUUGAAGAUCAUGAUGGGAAAUGCCGAUUGCCUCUCAGCUGCGACAUCUAACUGGAUGGAGCUUUUUGUUUCUCAUUUUAUCUAUCUCAGGCCAUUCACGAAGGGACUAGAAGGCAUGCAUAAUCUUGCUCAGAAAUGUGUUCAGUCAAAGCCAACUAACACUUCCCAUAAGCUUCUGAGACUGCUUAUUGGAAUUCUUGGAGAUAAUACUGAGGUUGUGCUGGCAGUGUGUUCCAAAGAGUUUGGCUCCUGGAUGGUUGCACAUGCCAUGGAGUUAUUGACAGCUGGAAGCGAAGAAGGAGAAUUUCUUGUACAUGAGGAGCAGCGAAACUUGGGUGGAAUCAACAUGGAAGAGCUCCAUAGACUUGUUUAUGCUCAAGUUCUUUCUACACAUGCUUUGACUUGGCAGAUAGCUCCUGUUUAUCUAUCAUCCUGCGUGAAACAGGGAUUAGGCUUAUUAGAAUUGUUGUUCUAUAGGCAGCCAGUUCAAGAGAAUCAGUUGCUUAUUAAGAGCCUAGAGAUUUGCCGUCUAUAUGAACUUAGUUAUGUCAGCGCUAAACUUAUGAAGAUCUCUGGAGUGCAUCACUGGAAACAUGGGAGAAAAGGAUCUGGGAUUUUUUGGCUUCAGCAAGCCCGGGAUGAGCACUGUCUCAAAGUGAUUUCUCAACAGCUGUUUGAUUCUGUUGGAAAGUCAUUGUCUGAUGAAAGUCUCAAGGUAUAUAUUCUCCACACCAUACUCGAAACAUAUUUCAUUAAGUCAUUGUCUGAUGAAAGUCUCAAGCAAUGGGAAGGCCUGGUCGAACUUCUGGGUUCCGACUCGCAGAUCUCUGGUGGUCUUGAUUUUCUUCACAAGUAUAGAGAUUUCAAGAGAUCAUUGAAGCUAGUCCAUGAUGGAAAAGCUAUAGAUGCGGCUCACGAGGCUGUGGAGAGACUUGUAUCGCUUAUGAAGAGCCCCUCUACUCCUCAACGCUUCUGGCUUCCUCUUCUGCAUGAUUCAUUGAAGCUGUUGAAUUGGCCAGAGCGUUCUCUGUUGAAUGUAGCACAGACAAACCUGAUGUUGAACAAACUACAGGAAGCAUCAAUGGCAAGGAUAAGACCAGGCUUCAUAGAAUCUGACUUGUCUGCUCAAGCUGUUGGAUCUGUGAGACUUGCUCUAGCAACCAAUCUGGGACGUGCUUUUUUGGAGGAAUGUUAGAGCAUCAUUAUCCUAAAACUCCAUUUAGGGGUUCUUAUUUUUAUUAAUACUUUUAAUUAGUAAAAAUGAAUUAAGAGACAAGAAUAAGAAACCCAUACAUUUAUGUGAUCCAAUGCAAGUAUCUUAUUAAAGGUUCUUUAAAAAAUAUU